AUGAACACGUUUAAUGAUAAUAUCCACAAUGCUGGUUUGUUUGAUUUUGGUUUCAAGGGACCUGCUCAUACUUGUAAGAGGGCUAAAAUUUGGGAAAGACUUGAUAGAGUAUUGGUCAAUGAUAGCUGGUAUAACCAUUUCCUCCUCACUUUUGUCACUCAUCUCAGCCUUGCUGGUUCUGACCACAGACCAACACUUAUUAGCAUCACCUCCUCAGAUAAUACAUCUUCCCCUCCCCCUUUUAGAUAUCUAAACAUGUGGUCUUCCCACUCUUCUUACAACUCCUACAUUGUUAACCUUUGGAAUGAUAUUUCACAUACUGACCCCUUCAUUAAACUCAGUUUGCUACAAAUCAAAACUGCCAAUGCCCUUAGGAAAUGGAGUUGGGGGGCAUUUGGAAAUGCCCUUACUAAAGUGCAAGAGCUAGAAGAGGAAAAAGCAGCUAUGAACAUCUUCACUGAUGGGGACAGAAACACCAAAUUUUACCAUGCUUAUAUCAAAUACCAAAGGAAAUAUCAUAAUCACAAAAUCCCUUUUGAUCCAAAUUAUUUCUCUGCUGAACUGAAAUACACUGCUAACCUAAAACUUACUGAAAUUCCUGAUGAAGAGGAGAUAUGGGAGGCUAUGAAUUCUAUUGAUAGCAACAAAGCAGCUGGCCCUGAUGGAUUCACUGCUGAGUUCUAUAAAAAAUCUUGGGACAUUAUUAAUCCUUAG